AUGUUCUUGCCACUUUCAGAUAUCACCAAUGUUCAGACCACGUUUCCUGGUAAAUAUAUAAAAACCAGUUCCGGCACUACUUCAGGAACAGUUGCGAUCAAACGCCAUAAUCCCUACGGUUGGAAAUGCCUUGAGGAAACCACAGCAACUUCAUGUGCGGCAUUUCUUUCAGAGGGAGUGAACACUAUAAGGGUUCCUGCUACACAAGAGCUUUUUGCAGAAGGAGAUGAAGCUCCACCGACACCAACCAUGCCUCCUGUUUGCAACGCACUUGUCCAAUUUAAAUGUCAUCAAAAGGAGUUUUCCUCUCCUUUUAUUGCCGCCAAAGGUCAAUAUGUUGUGGUGCAGGGUGACAGGGGGAUUGAUAUUGGGGUUGUUAUCCGUGUGAAUACCGAGAGUUGCAAAACAUAUGUGGAACGCUCUGGGCCAACGGGAAGUAUUCUCCGCCAUGCAACACAGCGAGAGGUGGAUUACUGGGCCACUGACCUCAAGGAAGACGAGGCUGUUGCCGUUUCUUUUUGUCAACGACGCGUUUGCCGUCACGGAUUUGAUAUGGAAAUACGUCAUGCUGAGUACCAGUUUGAUAAGAAGAAGCUCACGUUCUAUUAUUCCGCGAAGUCACGCAUUGACUUUGUACAACUGCUUAAAGAGCUCUACCGGGAGUUUGGAUGCCGUAUUUGGAUGGAAAAGGUGCGGGCACAAGACUAG